CUUACAAUUUAUUUUUCGACAACACAAGCCAACUCUGCAACCAAAAAAAAAAACAAAGAAACCCUAAUUUCAUUUUUUCAUAUUUUCUCCCUAAAAAAAAAAAAAAAAUUCCUGUAUUGGAUAAAAGGAAGAGAAAAAAAAAUCCAACGGAAGCUGUUUCUUUUUUUCAUUUUCGUAUCUCUAGAAACCUUUGUUGCUUUUCCCCUCUUGUACAUUUGAUUCUCAUGUUUUCUUAGUUUUAGUUGGUUUUGUUCAUUUUGUUUUCAGGAAUCAGAGCAGCUCCGAGACGCAGAUUGUUGGGUCUUUUGUUGUUUGGGGGCUGCGAUAAAUUACUGUUUGGCCUGUCUUUUGUUGUGGGCUUCUGUUGUUUUUCUUGCUGCUUUUGUUUCUAUACGUCUGACGGUGGAUUUUAUGUUGUGAAAUUAGGGUUUCACACAUAUCCCAUUCUGUUGUGAGCCUUUUGGGUGAUUGCGAGCUGCUAAUCAAAUAUUCCAAUCACAAGUGGCUGCUUGCGUGUUGAAUUUUUAUGUUUUGUUAAGGAUUGUGAAAGUGAUUUUAGCUGGAAAAGGAUGUCAUCAAAAUACCCAACUAUUGACAGUCGACCAAUAGAACAAUGGAAGGUUACAGAGUUAAAGGAAGAACUUAAGAGGCGAAAAUUGACAACAAAAGGAUUGAAGGAUGAUUUAAUAAAACGUUUAGGCGAAGCACUUCUCAUUGAGAGGGAAAAUGAUGCAAAAGAUGUGGAUGCUGAUAUUGAUCUUGAUAAACAGCCUGUAGAUGGGACAAAAUUUUCUGAGGCAGUGCCAGUUGUUUCUGAUGCAGCUAAAGUUGACAUGAAUGUUGUUGCUGAAAAAACUGAGAAUGUGGGUGAUAUUAAGGUUCAGGUUGAUAUCAAUGAUAGUGCUGAAGCCACAGGUCAAGAACCUAGUGAAGGUAUCAUAAUAGGAGGUGUUGAUUCUUCUAUGGUUGAUGGGGAGCACACUGUUCCUGCAGCUACUCUGGAGAUCAGCACUACAGUUUCUGAGAGUGUAGCAUCUGAAGAAACAUUGGGUGGGCAAGAUGCACAAAAUUCUGAAACACAGGAAUUGAAUGGAGAUUCUAAGCUCGUGCUGGACAAUGAGGAUACGAAGCCUCAGCUGGACCUUCAGGAUUCGAAAUCCCAGCUGGACUAUGAUGAAUCAAAGCCCCAGCUGGAGAAUGAGGGUUUGAGGGCUCCACACGAGGUUGCCACACUUGACUCUUCUGCUCCAAACAACCAGGUAUCUGAGGUCAGCCCUAAUUUAGGGUUUCAAGUAAAAUCUGAUUCUAUUUCUACUGAUUCUGUGUCAAUUAAUGAAAAGAUUGAACUAAAGGAUAAUAUAAAUGCUGAUAAUGUCAAAUUAGAACUAGAUGUUGUUAAGCCUGAGAUGGUGGAACCAUCAUCCAAUAAUGUCAUCCCAGUUGGUGGCGAAUCAUAUCCAAUGGAUGUUGAGGAGCCACAAGAGAAGAAGGCAUCUGUUGAAGAGAAAGAUGACAGCAAUUCUACAAAUCCAGAUAUGAGCAAGAAAAAUGAUAUUAUAGAUGUGGGGUACUCGGAAAAAUUAAAUUUAGACAGAAGUUCUGGUGAUGAUUCUAUGGAGGAGGAUGUUGUGGAGAGUAAGCAAAUUGAUUCAAAUUAUAACUCCGAUGAUGUAGGAGACAAAAGUGAGAAAAGUGGAAUGCAUGUUGUGAAUGAGGAAAAUACUGUUGAUGUUGUGGGGAGCAACUUGUCUUUAGACCAAAAGGAAAUGAAUGUUGAGAAUAAAACUCUUCCUGCUGUGCCUGCUGAGAAAAGAAAGCUUAACGAUCAAGAUGCUGUUGAAAGUGCUGAGCCUUUAAAGAGGCAACGCAGAUGGAAAUCUGAAGGCCUUAAGGUGCCUGAACAUCAAAGCUCUAAUGUAGCACCUGCCACUACGCCCAAGGAUGCAUCUCAGCCUACUCUUUCUAGACGCAACUUCUCACGAUCCGACUCCUCCGUUAGUGUUGAGGAUGCACCAAGAAAACGUGUCGCUUUUUAUUGUUUGGCAGUUCCACCAUCACAAAAGCCUCAAACUAAUUCCCUCAGAAUUGAUAAUUUUGUGCGACCUUUUACCCUGAAAGCUGUCCAAGAACUUCUAGGCAAAACUGGGAAGGUCACUAGUUUCUGGAUGGACCAAAUCAAAACCCAUUGCUAUGUUAGUUACUCAUCUGUUGAAGAAGCUAUAGAGACUAGAAAUGCUGUGUAUAACCUACAAUGGCCUUCAAAUGGUGGGCGUCUUUUAGCGGCUGAGUUUGUUGACCCAAAGGAAGUAAAAAUAAAAGUGGAGGCUCCUCCAGCUACGCCCGUCACUCCUGGUGCUACUGCUGCUCCAUCUUUGCUGGAGGCUUCUCCCCGUCAGCAGGUUUCUAGGCAACAACUUCCACCCCCACCUCCCCUUCCAUCUCCACCACCUCUGUCUAACCCUUCUCUGGCUAAGGAACGGCUUGCUCAUCCGCAGCCACCUCCACUUCCAGAGAAACAUGACCCUCCAAUUGUUACUCUGGAUGAUCUCUUUCGGAAAACUAGAGCAACUCCUCGGAUCUAUUAUCUUCCGUUGUCUGAAAAACAAGUGGCAGCAAAACUUGCUGAACGGGGCAAAAACGCCAAGUAAUAGGGAUCAGUCAUUCAGUCUAUCAUUUACUUCCGUAGCUGCUCUUAGGAUUUUCGUAUGGGAUGGUCAGUAUGUUAGAUAAAUGGUUAGAUAGUAUCACAUAAUCGAGUCUUUGCAGGUGUUGCUUAUAGAAGGAAUUGUUCCAGCCAAAGCAGAAAGGGAUGUGGUUCGAUUGAUGGAUUUUUGGUUUUGGAAGACUGCCUUUUAAAGGCUUAAGUUUUAUUUUAGUGCUGGAAAACAUGACUUGAGAACUCGUGUAUGGGCCGAUCCACCCACCUGUGAUCAUAUCGUGUAUUGCUAUUGAACAAGAGUUCCUUCUUAUCCUGUUUUACAAGAAUUUAACUUUUGCAUUGAACUUAAAA